GCCUUUGCAGGUUGAUGACAGUUAGAAGCAUGCUUUCCGCUGAACUUCCCAACACCAUUUGUUAUGCAGAAUGUCUCUGAGUGAGAACUCGGUUUUUGCCUAUGAGUCUUCGGUGCACAGCACCAAUGUCUUGCUCAGCCUCAACGACCAGCGGAAGAAAGACGUGCUGUGCGACAUCACUGUCUUCGUUGAGGGUCAGCGAUUCCGCGCACACCGGUCUGUGCUGGCUGCGUGCAGCAGUUACUUCCACUCGAGAAUCGUAGGCCAGGCUGAUGCAGAGCUUAACAUUACUCUACCAGAAGAGGUGACAGUUAAAGGAUUCGAACCUUUAAUUCAAUUUGCCUAUACUGCUAAACUGAUUUUAAGUAAAGACAAUGUAGAUGAGGUGUGCAAAUGUGCGGAAUUUUUAAGUGUACAUAAUAUUGAGGAAUCCUGCUUCCAGUUUCUCAAAUUUAAGUUUUUGGACUCCACUGCAAACCAGCAAGAAUGCCCAAGAAAAAAAUGUUUUCCAUCACAGUGUCAGAAAACAGACCUUAAGUGUUCACUUUUGGACCACAGGGAUCUAGAAAUUGAUGAAGUGGAGGAAUUUCUGGAGAAUAAAAAUGUGCAGACUCCUCAAUGUAAACUCCGCAGGUAUCAAGGUAGUACAAAAAUAUCGCCUCCUCUACAAGACAGUGCCAGUCAAACCUAUGAAUCCAUGUGCUUAGAAAAGGAUGCUGCUCUGGCUUUACCAUCUUUAUGUCCCAAAUACAGAAAAUUCCAAAAAGCUUUUGGGACUGACAGAGUUCGUCCUGUGGAAUCCAGUGUUAAAGACAGUCCUGCUUCUGUUCAGCCAAAUGAGACAUCUGAAAAUGAAUGCCCAGGAGGAGUCCAGGAGUGUGCAGAAUUGCAGGUGUUAAAAUGCAAAGAAAGUAAAUUAGCAAUGGAACCUGAAGAAACAAAGAAGAAUGAGCCUGCAUCUCAGUGCCCAACUGAGAAAACAGAAGUGACUCCUUUCCCCCAGAGUUCUUCCACAGAUCCCCAUGGACUCUAUUCUCUGUCUCUUUUACACACUUAUGACCAAUAUGGUGACUUGAAUUUUGCUAGUAUGCAGCACACAGCAGUGUUAACAGAAAAGCCUUUGUCAGAUACAGAUGUUCAAGAAGAGAAAACCUUUGGUGAAAGUCAAGAUUUACAUUUAAAAUCUGACAUGGGCCCCAGGGAAGAUAGUAGCCUUGCAUCUAGUGAUCGGAGUAGUGUGGAACGAGAAGUGGCAGAACACCUAGCAAAAGGCUUCUGGAGUGACAUUUGCAGUACAGAUUCUGCUUGCCAAAUGCAGUUAUCACCUGUGGUGGCCAAAGAUGGCUCAGAACAGAUCUACUCACAGAAACGGUCUGAGUGUCCUUGGUUAGGCAUCAGGAUCAGUGAGAGCCCAGAACCAGGUCAGAGGACUUUUACAACGUUAAGUUCUGUCAACUGCCCUUUUAUAAGUACUCUGAGUACUGAAGGCUGCUCAAGCAACUUGGAAAUUGGCAACGAUGAUGAUGUUUCAGAACCCCAGCAGGGACCUUGCCCAUAUGCUUGUGUGAUUAGCUUGGGAGAUGACUCUGAGACGGACACUGAAGGAGACAGUGAGUCUUGCUCAGCCCGAGAACAAGAAUGUGAGGUAAAACUGCCAUUCAAUGCACAGCGAAUAAUUUCACUCUCCCGAAAUGAUUUUCAAUCCUUGUUGAAAAUGCACAAGCUGACUCCAGAACAACUGGAUUGUAUCCAUGAUAUUCGAAGAAGAAGUAAAAACAGAAUUGCUGCACAGCGCUGUCGCAAGAGAAAACUUGACUGUAUACAGAAUCUUGAAUCAGAAAUUGAGAAGCUGCAAAAUGAAAAAGAGAGCUUGUUGAAGGAAAGAGAUCACAUUUUGUCAACUCUGGGUGAGACAAAGCAGAACCUAACUGGACUUUGCCAGCAAGUCUGUAAAGAAGCAGCUCUAAGUCAAGAACAAAUACAGAUACUCGCCAAGUACUCAGCCUCAGAUUGCCCACUUUCAUUUUUAAUAUCUGAAAAGGAAAAAAGUACUGCUGAUGGCAAACUUGUGUUACCAUCUAUUUUUAGUUUAUCUGAAGGACCUCCAGCUGUGCUGCCUCCCAGUGCCCGAGGAACCAGUGAGUCUGGCUAUGCACGGGGCCAGGAGUCCCAGCAGGCGUCCUCCAUAGCUUCCUCCGAGCAAGCCGGGCUUUUGGAGCAGUGUCGUCAGAGCAGCGGAAUCUCAGAUUUCUGUCAGCAGAUGACCGAUAAAUGUACUACUGAUGAGUGAACUUGCAUUCACUUCUCUCAAACCAUCUGAUUCUCUCCUGAAGUUUUGGUGUUGUCUUGAAAGCCCAAUAUGACCAUCUAUUGCUUAAUUUUGUUUGUUAGUAAUUUGCCAUAGGGGAAUUUCUGUUAAAUCAACCCUGAUUUCUUCUUGAUU